AUGGAAAAAUUUCAAGCAUUUAAAUUUAAUAUAAAUUAUUUUUUAGAAUUAUAUAAUUAUUCAAUUCUCUUGGGUAUAGAAUUUACUAAAUUUUUACACAUCUCUCAAGGUAUUAAUAAACAUUUAUCAAUAACAGAUUCUUCUAAUUAUUUAAAAUUUUCUGGUUUACGCUUUUGUACCUACAUCAUAAAGUAA